AUGCUGCUGUUGUCUUACAUUAGAGAGGAGGAAGGUCGUUCUGAGGUCUUAAAGGGUUAUGAAGAAGAAAUUUCUCGAUCAAAUACUCCAGCUUUUCAUUGGCCUCCAAAACCUCCAAGUGAAGAAGAGGAAAGAGUAGCAUUAGCUGCUCCUAUCUAUGUUGCACCGCCAGAAACACAACAUGUUCAACCCAAGCCACGUUCUGAACAAGGACAAAUGUUACCACCGUCUGCCCAUGCAAAUAACGAACAAAAUACAUGUACGACACAAUUAAUUCAAAAAACAUUUGAUGUGUCAGAGCAACCGGAAAUGUACUCCGAUACUUCAGCUAGUACAACCACUGGAGAUUCAUCUUCUGAAGAAUAUCAGGUAUAUUCUACAAAUGUCUCUCAACAAAUUGUGCGAUAUUAUGAUGAGCCUAAGCCGAAUCCAAUUAAUGCGGCAAUGAACUUCGCAUCUAAUUAUGCAACAAUGUUGAAACACAAACCUUCCAUUUGUUCGGUUGACUUAAAUAGUUACAUAGAUGAUAAUAAUUAUGAUAAUGGAAAGUUACAAGAAAUCGAAGAAGCAUAUUUAGUUCGAGAGCCAAGUGAACAACAUAUGGUUUAUUCACAAGAGCCAGAUGAGUCUCAGAGAAAAAUUAAACGCGUUGUAUUUACUAUGCCCCCACAAGAGGGUGCGGAAUAUCGGGAAGAUUCUAUGUCUUGUGAAAUUAGACGGCAAUCCCCAAGAUCGGUUGAGGGACGUCAUGGACCCCUUUAUCCUAACUCAUUGCAAAUACAGCAUGAGUUUGAUUUAUAUUACGACCAAAGACGAAAAUCAGGUCAAUCAUAUGAAGAAGAUAUGGAUCGCAGACAGUCUUGUGACAGUUACGAUGACUCUAGACGCGAAUCCCAAAUAACAGAUUUCGAAGAUAAAACUCUUUCUUUUACCAAUCAAUAUUGUACUGGUGACACAAAAUUUUCUUUACUAAAAUUGGAAGACACCAAACCUAACCCGUUACCUUCUUCACCAAAUGUAAAUUCAUUGCCUCAACAAUGGCAAAGUCAAAUGCUUAAAGCUUUAACCACAACUCCCAAGGAAGUCGAAAAAGAUAUGGAUGAUUCAUUUGAGCGUGCUCGUCAGGAAGCGUAUGAAAAACAAAUUGAAGAUGACCGUAAAGCUCGUGAAAAUGAACGAAAGAAACUAAUGGAUGAGAUGUUAGCUAAACAAAGAGCAAUGCGUGAACGUCAAGAAAGAAAUGAAGUAGACCAGGCACGUCGAUUUGCCCCUGUUAGUAAAUUAGCACCUCGUACGCCAGAAAAUUGGCAUCCACCCCAACCUACACCACCGAUUGCAUUACCAGAAGAAAAACAAGCGUAUAUACCCCCACCUCCUUCAAUGGAUCCAAUUCGUAUUGGCCCGCUUUCUUUUCCGCGGAUGGAGUCUCCAUUACUCGAAGCAUUAAAAACAGCGCCGAUUCGCCCAUACACACCAUUCAGCAGUGAAGUAGCAUCUCAGUUGUGUGAUUUGCCGACACCAGUUGAGCAAAUGACGUUCUCGAGUGCUUUGAUUACGGCCCCUGAUCGUCCUUUUACACCACACUGUGAAACGAGAAACUACAAUGAAUCUUCGUUGCCUUAUAUGCCAGUUGUAGAUUAUAGUAAAUUACCGACUGAGAUAUACAAAGAAAAUGCUGAACAGAUACGGUGUUUAGAACAAGAGGUAGAACAGCGCCUUGAAAGAAGACCUUCCGCAUUUGCUCAGAUUCGACCGGUAAAACCCGCAACUCCAAUGCAAUUGAGAAAAACAAGCUACAACGACAAUAAAACACAAAUGAAUUUCCCAUUUACUGACGAUCAAGUGCUUCAAAAUCCAAGACCUUUAGUGUGCUUGCCUCAAGAGUGUUUAAAUGCUUAUGAGAGUAGUUGUAGUGUUCAACAAAGAUCGUAUACUAAGGAAAGUCAAACACAACAGGAGAUGUAUUUACAAAAUCAGAGUCAAGAAAGGAUGCGUUAUGCACAACAACAACAACAACAAAAAAUUCAAUUCAAUCGUAAAAAAGAAGAAAACAUUCAAUAUCACCAUCAUCAACAACAAGAAAAUCAAUCCACCAAGUCCAUCUCAAAAACUAAUCAAUUACCACCACCCCAUCCAUGUGCACGUAUUCCAUCUUCAAUUAGAAGAGUUCAGAGUCAAAAUCAAUCUACUGUUUUGUCAAAACCAGAUCCAGCUGGCCUACACAAAGCAGAUGAUAUCCCGGGAUAUCAGAGAAAAUGGUUUAAUUUGCCAUCACAAAGAGCGUCAAUAACUCCAGAGCCGCAUGAACUUAAAGAAAAUGUUCCACUAGCUUUUGUAGCAGCACCAAAAGAACCGUCUCCUACCAUUUCAAAACCAAUUGCUAUCAGUGCUUCUAAUACAUAUACAACAACUAUAGCAAAUCCUUCAACUUCCCAAUAUAAUUCUUGCCAAAAUACAUACGAUUCACAAAAUAAAACUUUCCCUCAGAUGAUUCGAAAACAACUCGCUAUUGAACCA